CUUGUGGAGCAUGGGUCCUUCCGGAGGUCCUUUGAACGAAAGUGGCGCGGCAUGAUGACAACCUGGAAGUUUUGACGAAGAAAGAAGAAAUAACGUGUUUUCUUUCGCUAUGUUUUCUGCGGAUCAAAGUUGUUGGUUUGUCCGCAAGGUGAUUUGCUGGAGGGCUGCAGCCAGCAUAAUUUGGGGUGUCUUGUUGUUGCCACCCCCUACAGCAGUUUUUGUCAUCCUCAGCAGAUUCAGCCUUCUCUCCCCAAUCCAGACCCUAUCAGAAUGUUUGACCGUCAUGACAAGCGCCAGUGCCUUUUUGUCCUUUGUCCUGCUGUGCAGUGUCACCAUCAUGGUGGCCUUCCUCAUCUUUGAAUAUUAUUCAGUCAUCCCCACCGUCGCCUGCUCCAAAAUUGCGCUGUUGGGUCAGCUGCUGCACCCACGUCACGUGGCCAACUCCCUGCUCCACUGCGUCCUAGGCGUUAUCGUGGCCUGGUGCGCCGCCAUCGCCAUUGGGGGCCGCUACGAGAUGCUGACCUACCCUUGCAGCCUCCAAGACGUCCCUCCUCGGGUGUGUUUGAAUGAGUACCAACUCAUCCUUUUGCUGGCGGGCGCUUUCGUGGGUUUCUCCCACAACCUUUUUGGCGUCAUCCAUAACAUGAACUAUGUGUCUUUCCACACAGUUCAGCAAUACAAGUCCCUUCGCUUUAAGGGUUCCUUGCCGCUGGUGGUGAAGUGCAGUGCCGCUCAAGCUCUUUACUCGAUCAGGAAUUACAUUCUCAUCUAUUUCUUUUUGGGUCACAUCCCAAGAGAGUGGAUCUGUAAAAUGUUUAACCUUCACUUAAACAGUUCCACCCACCGUCUGGACACCAUCAGUGGGCUUGUGGACUUGUCCCUCCUCUACCACCUGUGGACCAGCGCCACCUACCUGCUCUUCACCUGGUACACAUCCUUGCUCCUCUUCAGAAUAUUUAUCACGGAGGGCUACAGUUUCCCAGUGCAGUCGUCAUUCACCGAGGAAGUUCACCGGUGUCUUCCAAGAGUUCUUUCUGACCCAGCGCCGGCUAUUUUAAAGUUCCUAGCCCUGCAGGACUUGGCUUUGCUCUCUCAGCACUCGCCAUCGCGACGCAGCGAGGUGUUCAGCCUCAGUCAGCCAGGUGGACAUCCUCAUAACUGGAUCGCCAUCAGCAAGGAGUGUCAGUUGCUUCUGGCAGACCUGACCCAGCGUCUGGUCACGUACCACGACCGCGUGGCCACCAACGGCAGGGCCAAGUCGCUUCCGCCGGGAAGCGGCGAACUGAAGUCGGACUCAUCCUCGGUAACCUCGAGUGUGGAAGAUCUGAUGAGUCCAAGAGCCAGAAACGUCUCGAUCAAAACUCCAGAUUCCGUCUUUGCCCGGAACGCGCCAAGCCCCAUGACGGCGCCGUUCACCCCGCCCCAGCAGGACAACCUUUUUGCCUCGCCCGCCCUACGGCGUCUCGCAGCGUCUGUACACCAGGGCUCGCCGUGGUACGGCUCUGUGCAGAGCCCCCAUGUUAUGAGGAGGGCCCCCAAACUGUGGUCCACCUCAGAUUCCCACUCCAGCGGCAGCCCCGUGUCGUCCCCCGUCCUGCUGCCCAGUCCCAAGCAGGUUGGCUAUCAACCCAGUCUUUUGACCCAGUUCCUCCACAACAGGAAAGAGCAGGUUAAAAGCUUCCUGUCCAAGCGUGUCCUGAUUGCGUAUUUGUUCAACAAGCUUCCAGAAGCCUCCAGUGAAGCACUGUUUGCCGACAGCCAAGCCCACAUUUGGGCAUUAGAGGGACUAUCCUACUUGGUUCAAGCCUCCUUCACAGAGGACCACUUUGGCGUGGUUCAAACUUCCUUAUCCAGCAUCCUUAGCAGUAUGCUGCUCCUGCAAGAGGCAGUGGACCGACACUUCAAGCUGCCGCACGCCUCCACCAAGCCCGUGCGGACGGCGGGUGGCAUGGGCGAGCCGACUUACAAGACGCUGCGCUUCGCUCUCAGGGCCGCGCUCAAGACGGCCAUCUACAGAAUCACCACCACCUUUGGAGAGCACCUCAAUGCUGUGCAUAUGUCCGCAGAGCACCGCAAGAGGCUGCAGCUUUUCCUGCACUACAAGGAAUAACUUUAAUAUACAUAUUGUUGCAUUAUGCUGAUACCGAGCACACGUUUUGCUUUUAUUUCAUCACAGGUCAGACGCCUGUUUGUACAUACUAGUUUGUUUAAAUAAAAGGUGUAAAAA